AGUGUGCCGGCCGCACCAGUUGCGGGUGACAAUGCAUCGGAUAGUCAGUGUGGUAGCCCCUCUGGGUUUUCGCCUGCAGGCACAACCCUUGGUCCAGAGUCGCCCACUCAGUUCUGUACAGGAUGUGCUCCGCAGGACUCCACUCUAUGACUUCCACCUAGCUCAUGGAGGAAAAAUGGUGGCGUUUGCAGGGUGGAGUCUGCCUGUACAAUACCGUGACAGUCAUGUUGAUUCACACCUGCACACACGCCGGCAUUGCUCUCUCUUUGAUGUGUCCCACAUGCUACAGACCAAGAUAUUUGGCUGUGACCGAGUGAAGCUGCUGGAGAGUGUAGUGGUUGGAGACAUUGCGGAACUAAGGCCUAACCAGGGAACACUCUCUUUGUUUACCAACGAAGCUGGAGGCAUCUUAGACGACUUGAUUGUAAGCAAUACUUCUGAGGGGCACCUGUAUGUAGUAUCCAAUGCUGGCUGCCGGGACAAGGACUUGGCUCUCAUGCAGGACAAGGUCAAGGAGUUCCAGAACAGGGGCCUGGAUGUAGGCCUGGAGGUGGUAGAGAAUGCCCUGUUAGCUCUGCAAGGACCCACGGCAACACAGGUGUUACAGGCUGGGGUGACAGAUGAUAUGAAGAAACUACCCUUCAUGACAAGUGCUGUGAUGGAGGUGUUCGGUGUGUCUGGCUGUCGUGUGACCCGCUGUGGCUACACAGGAGAAGAUGGUGUUGAGAUAUCAGUCCCAGCAACAGGGGCAGUCCACUUGGCAACUACUCUGUUGAAAAAUCCAGAGGUAAAGCUGGCAGGACUAGCAGCCCGAGAUAGCCUGCGCCUGGAGGCAGGCCUCUGUCUGUAUGGGAAUGACAUCGAUGAACAUACUACACCUGUGGAGGGCAGCCUCAGCUGGACACUGGGGAAGCGCCGCCGCAUUGCUAUGGACUUCCCAGGAGCCAAAAUCAUUGUUCCCCAACUGAAGGGUGAGGUACAGCGGAGACGUGUGGGGCUGAUAUGUGAAGGGGCUCCAGUGAGAGCACACAGUCCUAUUUUGAACACAGAAGGCACUGUGAUAGGUACUGUGACCAGUGGCUGCCCUUCACCCAGCCUGAAGAAAAAUGUGGCGAUGGGUUAUGUGCCAUUUAAGUACAGUCGACCAGGGACACAGCUGCUGGUGGAAGUCCGGCGGAAGCAGCAAAUGACAGUGGUUAGCAAAAUGCCCUUUGUGCCCACCAACUAUUAUACUCUCAAGUGAAGAUGGCCCAUGGGGAAGCCCUUCCCUCCAGGAGUGUUUCUCUAGAGGGCAUGGCAUAGUGCUUAGUCAGAACAGUGGAGUACAACUCCCACGGGUGGAAGCUGAAUGAGGUUUGCUGGGUCUGCUUAGGGUUGGGGAGAGAAUCCUAUCUAGAAUCUUUCCCUUACAAGCCAUUCCAAUUUUAGGGCCCAAUUUUUUUUUUUUUUUUUUUUUUUUUUUUUUGGUUUUUCGAGACAGGGUUUCUCUGUAUAUCCCUGGCUGUCCUGAAACUCACUUUGUAGACCAGGCUGGCCUCCAACUCAGAAAUCUGCCUGCCUCUGCCUCUGAGUGCUGGGAUUAAAGGCGUAGGGCCCAAUUUUUAAAUGACAAAUCACCUUACUUAAUGUCCUGUUUUAGCCCACAGUCCCACUAACCUUAAUCUGCCUGGUGCUGACUUUGGAACAAAGGUCAUCCUGCCUUUGUGUGGAGGGUAACACCUCCGCCCACCUCACUAUGGCUUCUCUAAUUUCAAAGAACUAUUACUGUGGGCAGUAUGGACUUAGGUACCUUCUCCACUUUGCAUACUGCUGCCUUUCCUUAGAUAGAAAUGACUCCUGACGUGGUGUUGGCUGAGUUGUUCCUGUGUGCAAACAUAGAGAUGGCUAAGCAAACAUGGGACUCACCCUUCCACAUUCUCUAGUCAACCCAGCCUGCUGUGCAGCAAGACAUGGCUGGUUUAAUACUUGGGCUGACCUCGGUCAGUUGUUGUGAAUAAUUAUACUUUACUAACUCUUGAAAAAUAAAAUUAAUUUCUUUCUUACUUGC